AUGGCUUGUCAUUGGAAUUGUGGUAUUGGUCCUUCAUUAAUUAAUGAUAUGGAUGUAUUAAGGUUAUGUCGAUCUAUAUUAUGGAAUGAAAAUGAUUCUAGAGUAUUAUUAGAGACGACUCGACUCUUAAAUACAUUUUUAUCUUGCUCUAUUGAUACAAGUCAUCAAACAGUGAUUGAGCAUGAUAACUUGACAGAAUUUCUAACACCUAUUCCUAUGGCACCUUCAAUAUUUCAUCAAUGUACAAUUAUUAUUUGUAAUACGCUUUAUUCUGAGUUAUUAUUAAAAAGUCUAGAGCUAAUGACUCGCAUCGUUGUAUAUACUAACGCUAUCACACAUAGUAUUAGUAAACGUAGAGAAAGACUAAUAAAGCAGCAGCCAGAAGAAGAUGAUGAAUAUAAAUUUAUGGAUAAAUCAGAUACGCUUAAACUUGUACAAUGGGGAGCAGAAAGACUAGAGGAAGAGAGUCGGGGUGUUGGUAUAGGAAUGGGAUUUCAUCGGGGUAUAGCUAAGAAUGUGAUGCAUUUAUUAUGGGCAUUAAUGGCAUAUGAAUGUGGUAAGUAUUAA